AUGGAUACACCACUCACGCCGAGUACCUUAUCGGAGACAUCUCCACCAACGAUCGUCAAGCCACUCAGCAGAGGUCAUGUGUCGUCCUUAGCUACCAGCACAAGUACAAGCAGCCGCUCGAGCGAUACCAAAGAAGGCGAGAUCCAACUGGACCCCGAAGAGGAAACACUGCUUCUGGUCUGGUAUCUGCGUGUGAGAGACGCUGCAUCCGAGAACCCGAUUCUGAGAGACCAUCAUGCCGCGGAAUUAUUAAACAAGAUCAACUUCGAUCUGUCACGAAGCCUCUUCCAACUCGAUUCUUCAUAUAUACAGUACAUCUGCGGCAGGUCAAAACAGAUCGACAACUGGGCCCAAAAUUUUCUGGACCAGCAUCAGUACGAGGAUGUCCUCGUGCUACAACUAGCGUGUGGCCUGGACAGCAGAUAUGAACGCCUCAAGCUUGGGAGGGAGGUUAGAUGGAUCGACGUGGACCGGCCCAGAGUCACGGGACUAAGAAAACGUCUAAUGGGAGAUGCGGAAAGCGAAUAUUACAAUCUAUUGACAGCAAACAUUGCGGACGAGGGCGAAGAUUGGCUCCGCGACAUACCGAACGAUCGCCCGACGUUGAUCAUCAUGGAAGGGCUUCUCUAUUAUCUGGAACCCGACAAGGCUAUAAAAUUAAUAAAGCGGGUUCUGGGACAUUUCACACACGGAAAUAUCCUCUGCGACACCAUUGGGUCCGUCUCUGUGGUAUUCACAUCACUUUUGGAAGCUUUCCGCAACAGCGAGGCCCGCCUACGGUGGGGUGUUGACGAUGCAAACGACAUAAGCAAACUGGACAGCCGCCUGGUCCUCAGGCAUAGGGUAUUUGUUCAUGAUUAUAUGGGUACGGGCUGGUUUGGGAAACGGUAUCCUCCUAUGUUUGGGGGUUGGACACCGCUCAUAUCGUUGUUGCCGUCUUUCAAAAAGAAUGGGCAGUUUCUGCACUUUGAAUUUUAA